UUAAAUGCUAAAGACUUGGCUGGAAAAAUCCUAAAGACCAUUGGACAUAAAUUUAGAUAUUAAAACAUUUAGAAAUCAAGUAAAAGAUAGAUUUGUCUCACCUUUAUAAUACAAUGCAGACUCUGGAUAGAAGCAAUUUAAUUCUUUUAGGUAAAACGAUAAUUUAAGGCAGAAAGGAAAGUAUGCCAACAAUUCCUUCAUUUGAUAAUCUAUAAGCUAGAAUAAGGGAUUUUUCAUACACAAGACUUUAAUCUACUUCAUCUCUUCUAUGUAAAUCAUCAGCAACAAAAAAGUAAUAAGAAUAGUCUCCUUAAAGAACAAAAACAAUUAGGUAAUAUGUAAUUGAGUCUUAGUUUUAUGAAUUUUAGAAACAAUAUUCAGAAUUAAAGAUAACAAUCAACAAUUUAUUAAUCAAUAGAAUUAAAAUAGAAAACUUAAUAAAAACGAUCUUUAGUUGAGAAUGUAUAAUUAAAUGAAAUAGUAUCUUUAAGAAAUAAGAUCGAAUCGUCAUACUCAAGCAAAAGCUCACUAGGAUCAAAGUAUAUAGAUCUUAAUAUAUUAUUAGUUAUGUUAGUGAACUUGUAAAAUUGGCUUAAGCAAUUACAAAUGCUUUGAAAUGA